AUGAUGAAUAUGCAACAGAGAAAGAAGACACAAACACAAAGAAAGAGACCAGAUCAAUACAAUCAUAACAACAACAAUAACAGCAACAACCACAACAAUUACUAUAAUAAUAAACAACAAAGUAAUUUUCACAGCCAUCAUGAACCAAGAAAAACUAUAGCAAACAUAUCAAACAUAAAAGAGUACACCAAGGGAACUAUAUACGGCUCAUUAAAUUAUCCUAUACCUUCAUUUUGCCCUAAAGUUGAUGGUCCACAUAGGUUCAAUGAUCUACCAUCUUUCACUGAAAGACCUGUUGCUAAAUUGAUUAAUUCUUGUUUAUUAGCUUCAACGUACAAGGAAACCAAUUUAGGUAAAUCCGAUACAAAUUUGAGAAAAUCUAAUGAUAUUGAUGAUCCAGCAGUUAGAAUUGUCACUUUCAAAAGACAAAAUGCUAAAGUAUUCAAAUUAGGUGGGAUCGAAAUUGAUAUUUUCAAGAAAAACAAUGUACUAUCAAAUAAUAAUAAUAACAACAACGGUAAUAACAAGUUGGUUAACAAAUUUUUACAAAAUGAAUCAUUAAAUUCUGGAAGUACCACACCAUUGAAAAGAAUUAGAGAUGAAUUAGUCGAUGCAAGUAGUUCUGUCAAGAAGAACAAAAGAUUACAAGAAUUACAACAAGAUACCACAAUGGAGUUAAGUUUUGAAGGUAAAGCCAUGGAUAAAAAUGAUUAUGUUAAAUUAGUUGAUAGUAGUGGUAUAAUGGCUGAUGAUUCUCAUAUACCUGAUACAAAUCCAAAUACUAAUCAACAGUCACAUAAUUAUGAUACCAAGAAUCUGCUACAAAAUACUGAGUUUAGUUUUGAAUACAAGAGAUAA